AUGCACGAGUUGUUCUCCCCCGUGCGGUCUCUGUACGACGAGUAUAUGGCGCGUGUGAGGAGUAGGAGUAGGAGACUGUAUGGUCAGAUUGAUUCGAGGGUGCGGCAGUCGGUGCCCGUGAUGAAUCUGGGGACUUACCUCCGCACAGUGGCCAUCGAUGUCGCCCUGUUGCAGUUUAUAGAGCGGGCGGGCCCAGAUACACCAGUGCAAGUGGUAAAUCUGGGGAGUGGGUCCGAUUUGAGGAUGGUGCAGUAUCUGAGUGUGUUUCCGCAGAUUGUGAAGUUUCUAGACGUGGAUUUCGAGGAGGCAGUAGCUUUCAAGGGUCAAGUAAUCGACACAACGACGCAAUUGAAGCAGAUAGUAGAACAGUACACGCGGGAGGGGAGGUACGAGCUACUUUCUAUUGAUCUGUGCGACGUACAGCACGCAAUGGAACUGCUUACAACGCACACACGCACUGACGUGGCCACAGUGUUCAUUACAGAGUGUCUAUUGUGCUAUAUACCGCAACGGGAGUCUCAACUACUGAUAGACUCGAUACAGGGCGCGUACAGCACGGGGACCCCUGGAGGGAAUCUCUGGGUAUCCUACGACCCGAUCGGUGGAUCCGCGCCAAAUGAUAGAUUCGGAAAGAUCAUAGAAAGAAAACUUGCUCAUGUCCAGGAACCUCGACUUGCCCACUCUGCUCGUUUACAACUCAAGGGAGACGUACGCAGCUCGGUGGCAAAAGCAAUUGACCACUGUAACGUCGUUAUCCGCGACAUGUGGCAGUUUCUACAGGAGAAAGUAACCGAUGAGGAGAAGAAACGAGUAGCAGCACUCCAGUUCCUUGACGAAUUGGAGGAACUGAAGGUCAUGCAGACACACUACGUCAUAUUGAGCGCACAGUGGUGA